UUUUGAGCUGGUGUGGCGUUGUAAAGAAGAAAGAAAAAAAAUAUUUUGCGAGUGCUUGGAAGUGAAAAUUUUCCUCGAAAUGUCGGACAGCAGCGGGUCGGACAAUGAUAGUGUGGUUUCCAAUCGGUCGCGGAAAAGUGGAGCCUCAAAUCGAAGCCGUUCAAUAUCACGUUCGGUAUCCCGAUCAGUUUCGAAGUCGCGUUCCCGUUCUCGUUCAGCAUCCCGAUCGCGCUCGCGUUCGCCUUCCGGAUCCCGAUCUGGUUCAGACGUGGACACACGGGUGAAGAAAAAACGUAAAAUGUCUGCUGGUUCGGACGAGGAAGAGGCAGAAGAUGAGGAAGAACCCGAGGGAGAGGAUUUGGAUUCGGAGGAAUACGAGGAUGAUGACGAGGAAGAUCGCCGAGGUGGAAGAAAGAAGAAAAAGAAGGAACGUUUUGGAGGAUUUAUUAUCGACGAAGCCGAGGUUGACGACGAGGUCGAUGAAGAUGAGGAAUGGGAGGAAGGAGCGCAGGAAAUCGGAAUCGUUGGCAAUGAGGUCGAAGAAUUCGGCCAGACGGCACGGGAAAUUGAAAACAGACGUCGUGGCACUAAUUUGUGGGAUAAUCAGAAGGAGGACGAAAUCGAGGAGUAUUUGAGGAAAAAAUAUGCAGAUGAAUCGAUUGCGCGAAGACAUUUCGGUGAUGGGGGUGAAGAAAUGUCGGAUGAAAUUACACAGCAAACGCUGCUACCAGGAAUAAAAGAUCCAAAUUUAUGGAUGGUUAAAUGCCGAAUCGGAGAGGAAAAGGCAACGGUUUUGCUGCUAAUGCGGAAGUUUUUAACAUACUCUAACACAGAUGAACCGCUACAAAUUAAAACCGUUGUUGCGCCGGAGGGAGUCAAAGGAUACGUGUAUAUUGAGGCUUACAAACAGACUCACGUCAAGGCAGCGAUUACAAAUGUAGGAAAUCUUAGAAUGGGUAUAUGGAAGCAGGAGAUGGUUCCCAUAAAGGAAAUGACCGACAUUUUGAAAGUUGUGAAAGAACAAACUGGAUUAAAGCCAAAACAGUGGGUUCGUUUGAAGAGAGGCAUCUACAAAGAUGAUAUCGCACAGGUUGAUUACGUAGAUUUGGCUCAAAAUCAGGUUCACUUGAAAUUGUUACCCCGUAUCGAUUAUACUCGACUGAGAGGGGCCUUGCGAACUACUUCAGCAGAUAACGACAGAAGUAAAAAGAAACGACGUCCAGCUGCAAAACCCUUUGAUCCAGAAGGAAUUCGUGCUAUCGGUGGGGAAGUCACGUCCGAUGGUGAUUUUUUGAUUUUUGAAGGCAACAGAUAUUCUCGAAAGGGAUUUCUUUACAAAAAUUUCACUAUGUCUGCUAUACUGGCCGAAGGUGUUAAACCAUCGUUAGCAGAGCUAGAACGAUUCGAAGAGCAGCCUGAAGAGAUUAACAUUGAGCUGGCUGUCCCAACUAAGGAAGACCCUUUGACAUCGCAUUCAUUUUCAAUGGGAGAUAACGUAGAAGUUUGUGUGGGUGAUUUGGAGAACCUACAAGCCAAGAUUAUAGCCAUCGAUGGGGCACUGAUAACUGUCAUGCCCAAACACGAAGAUCUCAAGGAUCCACUUAUUUUCAAAGCGGCUGAACUGCGGAAGUAUUUCAAGACUGGUGAUCAUGCGAAGGUUCUGGCUGGUCGCUAUGAGGGUGAAACGGGGUUAAUUGUCCGAGUUGAACCUAAUCGUGUCGUGCUGGUUUCUGAUUUGACUAUGCACGAACUAGAAGUAUUGCCCAGAGAUCUGCAGCUAUGCAGCGAUAUGGCAACAGGUGUUGAUUCCCUGGGCCAAUAUCAGUGGGGAGACUUGGUACAGCUUGAUGCCCAAACGGUGGGAGUGAUUGUGCGGUUAGAACGCGAGAAUUUCCAUGUUCUUGGAAUGCACGGGAAGGUGAUGGAAUGUAAACCUGCGGCUUUGCAGAAGCGAAGAGAAAAUCGGAACACAAUUGCUUUAGAUUCGGACCAAAAUGCUAUCCGUCGAAGGGACAUUGUAAAGGUUAUGGAGGGACCACAUGCUGGACGAGAUGGGGAAAUCAAACACUUGUAUAGAAAUCUAGCUUUCUUACACUCUCGUAUGUAUACCGAGAAUGGAGGUAUCUUUGUGUGCAAAACUAGACAUCUUCAGCUGGCCGGUGGAAAUAAGUCACAAGGGAACGCUUCAAUGCCGAUGGGCCAAUUUGGCUUCAUGUCCCCACGCAUACAUUCUCCGAUGCAUCCUUCAGGGGGCCGUGGUCGUGGAGGAAGAAUGGGAGGUGGCCGUGGUGGAGCCAAUCGUGUCAGUCGCGACCGAGAAAUUCUUGGUAAAACUAUUAAGAUCACCGGGGGACCUUACAAGGGGGCCGUUGGAAUCGUCAAGGAUGCUACGGAAAGUACAGCUCGUGUUGAGUUGCAUUCAUCCUGUCAAACGAUUUCCGUCGACAGGAACCAUAUUGCCGUUGUUGGAACUACCCCAAAGGAAGGGUCUGUUUCGAGCUAUAUUCGUACUCCAAGUCGUACGCCUGGCAGCAGUUAUGGAGCUCAAACUCCUGUCUACGCUGGUUCGAAGACACCUCUUCACGGAUCGCAAACUCCUUCGUACGAUAUUGGCAAUCGUACGCCUUAUGGUUCGAUGACACCUUCGCACGAUGGCAGUAUGACUCCACGACAUGGAGCAUGGGACCCAGCAGUUACCAAUACACCAGCUCGUUCAAACGAUUUCGACUUUAACAUGGAAGAACCAUCUCCAAGUCCGGGGUACAAUCCAAGUACACCUGGCUAUCAGAUCAACACUCCCUUCGCUCCUCACACACCGGGUAAUAUGUUCAACACGGAAAGCUACAGUCCUUAUCAGCCAAGUCCCAGUCCUAGCCCUUCACCGUUCCAGGCUAACUAUAUGGGAACACCAUCACCAAGCGGUUACUCGCCGGCCACACCAGGUGCUCCGCAGUCACCAUAUAAUCCGCAGACACCGGGAGCCAGUCUGGAUUCACAGUAUGGCGAAUGGUGUACAACGGAUAUCGAAGUUGAAAUCCGUAAUCACGAUGAUUCAGAUCUAGCCGGACAAAUCGGAUUCAUUCGAACCGUUAACAGUGGUGUCUGCUCGGUAUUUUUACCGGAGGAAGAUCGUGUUGUGACGGUAUUGAGCAACAAUCUGGAACCGGUGGUACCGAAUGCUGGCGAUCGAUUCAAAGUCAUCUUCGGCGAGGAACGUGAAACGAUUGGAGAAUUCUUAUCGCUGUCCAGCAACAAGGAAGCGAUCGUUUCGAUAAACGGAAAGAGAAAAUUAUUCCCCCUGAACCAUCUCUGCAAAGUGAAGGUCGACUAGAUUGGGGCAGCUGUAUCCUAUCUCGCUCUGUUAAUAUAUUAGUCAUAUUCAUAAGAUUAAGAUCUACAUAUUACAUGAUGCAAACAUUUCAAAUGAACAACACCCAACAACAACUGAUAACGUACCAACACAUAUAUUCACUAAAUAAAAG